AUGUCAGGUAAUGAUCAUACCUUUACAAGAUUAGCCAAUAUUAAUUUGCAAGAUGAUGAAGAUGCCGAAUUGGAGAGAGUACAAUAUCCAAUGUAUAAAUCAUGUUUCGACGUAGUAGAAAAAAAAGUUUAUCAUGUAAAAUACAAAUUGAGGAGUAGGAAUUUUAUAUAUAAUCUCAAAUCCAGUGAAAUUUACACCGAAGAACAAUACGAAAUGAUUUUGCAACGUGAACGGGAAUUUCUAAUUGAAAUGGCCUUAAACUUUGAUGGAAUGCCAAAAAUGAAACGUUCUGAAUUUGAAGAAAACGAUGACGAAGAAGAUUCGCCCGAGGAGACUGUUCCAAAACUCACAAUAUUACAGAGCGUGUUAGCUUUUGACUUUAGUCAGAAAAAAAAUGAAGAAAGCUAUUUGAUCCCAUUCCAACUGGUUUCUCAUGAAGAUGUGAUUCUGUACAAUUGGAAAGUGGCCACGUUCCAUGAAAAAAACUACAGUCUUAUCUGGAGCAACGUGGCAGACAAUGCAUGGGGAAAAAUCAACUGGUAUUUGAGGGAUUUAAUGACGCGAGGCGAUUGCGAUAUAGAUGUAUAUUCCGGCGUCCACGAUUAUGGAAAAGAUGGCUAUCCAUAUUAUCUAUGGAAAUUCGUACGCAGUAACUUGAAAGGUAUAGUUAUUGUAAUACAUAAUCAUCCUCGAGGCGAUAAAAAAGACUACGGACAUUUAUGCAAGAAAUACAUCGACGUCAGUUGCGAAAGAUACGGAUUCCCUGCGAAUGAAAAAGAAAAAGAUCGAGGAUUAACUUAUUGUUGUCCAACUAGUGCUGUAAGGAAUGAACUUCCCUUCUUUAAAGACAGAUUCGUAGAACUUCAACCGCUUGAAAGUGGUCACCUAUGUGACAGAAGUCAAAUUAAUCCUCCGUAUCGCCCCAAAUAUGAAAAAAAAUUAUAUUCAUCGUUCAAAUCUCUUCCUUCAACUUCCACAAAUGUACCUUACGAACGGAUUUCCUCACUGGAGUCAUCCGUACAUGACCCUACACCUAGUAAACUAAAUUCGACUGCGGGCUCGCCAAAUACAUCUUCUGAAAUCGAAGGGGAACGAGAAGACGUGGUUGAUCAUCAGAAUGCAAGGUUGACUCCGAGUAUGGAACGUAUUUUAGAAAUGAUUCAAAGCAGAAUGAUGGAAGCCGGAGUGGAUCCGACAUUUUAUGGACCGAAUCCACCCCGACCAGGAACGGCACUGGUGGCGACAACUCCUAGUCAGACAACUCCUGGUCAGACAACUCCUAAUCAGACAACUCCUGGUCAGACAACUCCUAGUCAGACUGGAAGUGAUAUCGAUGAUGGGCCCGAUGCUGUUAAGACUUCAUCGGGAUGGACUUCAAGUAUGGAACGUAAUUAUGAAAUGGUGCGAAAUGCACUGGUGAACAAGUCGUGGGGCAGAACGAGUACGAAUAAGUCGUGGGGCAGAACGAGCAGUAUGGUGAGUAGCGCGGACUCAACAACUUCAGCCAUACCAGUGGAGGCGAAUUAGCAUCAUAUCUAUUUCGAAAAUGAAAACAUUUUUGCUGCCCAAGCUUUAUGAUGAAAAAUUGUCGAGGGAAGUCCCCUGAAUAAUUCCUGAGAACUAUCACUCCACAGACUCCUAGCUAAAUUUUUUAUGGGAGAGUGACCCCCCCCCCUAAAAAUGUUGCUAGAGGUCUGUAGGGUACUGGUAGUCCUCAGGAAUUAUUCAGGGAACUUCCCCUGACAAUUUUUCGUGAUAAAAGCUUGGGUAGACAAGAUUUUUUCGUAUGUGCCUCCACUAUAUCAAUGCCUAGAUUAAUUCUUCUAUUGAUGAAACUGAAAAAAGAAUGAAUCGGUUCAAAGGCAUCGUCUACUACUCUUUAAGAAUGCGAAAUAGAAAAAAAAAGAUUUAAAAGAAAUACUUUGGGUACCUAUCUAAAUUACAUAUUGUAACUUUAAGUGGUGAUUUAUGAAAUGUAGUACCUACCUAAUUAUACAAACUUCUAUAGAAUAUCCACACCACAACUUAAUAGUUUUGCAAAGACUAUAAGAGUAAGAAGCAAUGAUACAAUUACCUAUGUGUUGAACUUUUGACUGUUGAUGUACAUGCAUUUUAUAUAUAUCUUUAUCUUCUUGUACCUAUUCAUCGUUAUUAAAUAUUACAAACUGGACGUAAAUAAACGUCAAAAGCA